AUGCAGGUCCCCAGCCCUAGCACGAGAGAGGCAGCGUCCAUGUAUGGCACGGUGGUGGCCAUCUUCCUGGUCAUCUUGGUGGCCACACUGCAGAGCUCGGUCCCCCCCGAGAAUCCCUUCCCCUACCGAGUACCCUUGGAUCCCGAGGGGUCCCUGGAGCUUUCCUGGAAUGUUAGCUACACGCAGAAGACGGUCCACUUCCAACUCCUGGUGCAGGAGCUCAAGGCCGGGGUCCUGUUUGGGAUGUCAGACCGCGGCGAGUUGGAAAAUGCUGACCUGGUGGUGCUCUGGACCGACGGAGACAACACCUACUUUGGGGACGCCUGGAGUGACCAGAGGGGACAGAUCCACCUGGAUUCCCGGCAGGAUUACCAGCUGCUGAGGACGCGGAGAACCCCGGAAGGCCUGAGCCUGAUCUUCAAGAGGCCCUUUGACACCUGUGACCCCAAGGAUUACCUCAUUGAGGAUGGCACCGUCCACCUGGUAUACGGGGUCCUGGAGGAGCCGUUCCGGACGCUGGAGGCCAUCAACACCUCGGGGCUGCAGACGGGGCUGCAGAGGGUACAGCUGUUAAAGCCCAGUAUCCCCAUCCCGGCCUUGCCCGUGGACACGCACACCAUGGAGAUCCGCACCCCGGACAUCCUGAUCCCCGGCCAGCUGACCACAUACUGGUGCCACAUCACUGAGCUUCCAGACGGCUUCUCCCGGCACCACAUCGUCAUGUACGAGCCCAUCGUCACCAAGGGCAACGAGGCCCUGGUGCACCACAUGGAGGUCUUCCAGUGUGCCGCCCAGUUUGAGACCUUCCCCCAGUUCAGCGGGCCCUGCGAUUCCAAGAUGAAGCCCGGACGCCUCAAUUACUGCCGCCACGUGCUGGCCGCCUGGGCCCUGGGUGCCAAGGCCUUUUAUUACCCGGAGGAAGCAGGCCUUGCUUUUGGGGGCAACGGGUCCUCCAGAUUUCUCCGUCUGGAAGUUCACUACCACAACCCGCUGAAGAUCCAAGGCCGCCGCGACUCCUCGGGCAUCCGCCUGCACUACACGGCCACGCUACGUCGCUUCGACGCGGGCAUCAUGGAGCUGGGGCUUGUGUACUCGCCCGUGAUGGCCAUCCCCCCGCGGGAGACGGCCUUCGUCCUCACCGGCUACUGCACGGACAAGUGCACCCAGCUGGCCCUGCCUCCCUUAGGGAUCCACAUCUUCGCUUCCCAGCUCCACACACACCUGACGGGGAGGAAGGUGGUCACUGUGCUGGUCCGGGACGGCCGAGAGAUGGAGAUUGUGAACAGGGACGACCACUACAGCCCUCACUUCCAGGAGAUCCGCAUGUUGAAGAAGAUGGUGUCCGUGCACCCGGGGGACGUGCUCGUCACUUCCUGUACGUACAACACAGAAGACAGGGAGCUGGCCACCGUGGUGGAAAUACUCCCGCAGGAAACCCGGGUCCACGGUGCUCUUGCAAAGCUCCAGCUGCGUCUGGGGAUAGUAGUGGACGUAGUUGACGCACAUCUCCUCCAGGAUACCAAAGCCCCCCUGCGAGAUGGGGAGGACGCCCGUCAGGACCGGUGCCUCGUGGGGCGCCACCACCGCCGGCUUCCGGGCCUGUUCACCGCCUUCACUCGCUGGGGCACAGCACGGGUGGUGUUCCGAAGCCAGCCGGGGCCGGGCCCGCUGCGGCCCAUCGGGCAUGUGUCCUCCCCUCCCCACCGCUCAGUGAGGCUGGUGCUGUCUGGGACCGCAGCCCCGGGGGACAGCGCAGCCCGGGGGAACCUGCUGCGAUGA